AUGAAAAAUCGAGUAUCGACAAGUAGAGUUUCUAAUCACGGAAAGGCCAGUGUAGCAGAACUAGUCACCGUGAACGAUGAAAAGGGUGUUUUCGGAUUGAAUGAUUUGAUGAAAGCAUCCGCAGAAGUGCUCGGAAACGGACCAUUGGGGUCUUCUUAUAAGGUAAGGAUGGCUAAUGGAGUGGAGGUGACGGUGAAAAGGGUGCACCAAAUGAAUGCAUUAGGGAGCGAUGCGUUUGAUUCUGAGGUUAAAAAGCUCGGAACGCUAAGACACCCCAAUGUUUUGACACCUUUAGCUUACCAUUACCGUAAAGAAGAAAAACUCUUCGUCUACCAGUAUCUUCGUAACAGUAGUUUGCUUUACCAUUUGCAUGGCGAUGGCGAAUCUGGAGGUGGACUUGAUUGGCCGACCCGAGUGAAGAUUGUGCGAGGAAUACCGAAGGGACUCGAGUAUCUUCACAACGAAUUUGCUUUACGAGACGUGCCUCACGGAAAUCUCAAAUCAAGCAAUGUUCUACUCGGUCCUGAUUAUAAUCCAUUUCUCUCCGACUAUGGAUUUCACCCAUUACUAAACGCUGAAGGUUUAGAAGGCUUGUUUGCUUACAAAACCACGGAAGCCAUACAAAAGCAAAGAGUGUCCCCUAAAAGUGAUGUAUAUUGCCUGGGAAUCAUCAUUAUUGAGAUGCUUACAGGGGAACGCCCUUCACGAUCUGUUUACGAUGGAAAUGGAGUGACUGAUAUCGUCCAAUGGGUGGCGUCGGCAUUUUCAGAAGGGAGACGGGCUGAAUUGCUUGAUACAAAGAUCGAGGGCUGCCGGAAUUCAAUCUGUAGCAUGGAGAAACUCCUUCGUGUAGGCGCACUUUGCACUAAUACUAGUCUCGAGGAGCGAAUAGGCAUUAAAGAAGCCGUUAGAACGAUACAGGAGAUACACGAGCUUCGGAUUUUGUGA